UCUGUGAGUGUAGAAAGAUACCUACCUGACAUGGUGAUGAGAUUCGGAGAUACAGUGUCAAAAAACCAAGGCCUCAAGCGACACUGCGAUUUGUCUCAUCCGCUCAGGAGAUGCAACCAACCGCUGAUAUUGCUGGGUAUGGCCAGGGUAGAACCAAAGGGAUUGAGAGGAAGCAGUUGCGUCAUAACCCUUAACUUACUUCCCUAUCAACAGCUGAUAAACAGCGUGGUGUUGUUGACCCGGGCUAUCACGUGGUGGCAGCAAGCCUGAGUGUUGCUAUCGCCAAAUUUUUGGAUGAAUCACCGCUCGAGAACUCCGAUCUUGCACCGACAUUCGACUCAAACACCACCAACACGCCCAACAUGGCUCCCACAUCCGCACCAACGCUCCUAUGGGGUGGCCGCUUCACCGGCGCAAUCGACGACCUCAUGUUCCAGUUCAACGAGUCGCUCUCGUUCGACAAGGUGCUCUACAAGGCCGAUAUCCACGGCUCCAUCACCUGGGCCAAGGCCCUGCGCAAACUCGACAUCCUCACCGACGACGAGCUCAAGCAGAUUGUGACCGGCCUGCAGCAGGUGGAGAAGGAGUGGGAAGAGGGCAAGUUCGUCAUCGACACCAAGUCGGACGAGGACAUCCACACGGCCAACGAACGCAGACUGGGUGAGCUUAUUGGCGCAGCCGCCGGUAAGCUGCACACAGGCCGCUCCCGCAAUGAGCAGAUUGGCGUCGACAUGCGCCUAUGGGCCGGCGAGCAGCUGGCCGACAUCGCCGCCGCUCUGAAGGGUCUCCUGUCCGUCAGCGCCGAGCGCGCAAAGGAGGCGCUGCCUAUCCUGAUGCCGGGGUAUACACAUCUGCAGCGCGCCCAGCCGGUCCGCUUCUCGCACUGGCUCUUGUCGCAUGCUACAUUUCUCAAGGGCGACCUGCAGCGCCUCGAGGGCGUCCAGGAGCGCGUAUCUUCCUGCCCGCUGGGCGUCGGUGCGCUCGCCGGCAACCCGUUCGGCAUUGAUCGCGAGUUCAUGGCCAAGGAAUUGGGUUUCCGCUCAGUGCACCCCAACAGCUUGUGCGCUGUUGCCGACAGGGAUUUUGUGGUCGAGAUCCUGCAGUGGGCGAGCCUGCUCAUGGCUCAUCUCAGCCGUCUUGCCGAGGACUUGAUCCUGUUUUCGACGGCCGAGUUUGGCUUCGUGCAAGUUGCCGACGCCUACAGCACCGGCAGCAGUCUGAUGCCGCAAAAAAAGAACCCCGACAGCCUGGAGCUGAUCCGGGGCAAGGCGGGCAGGGUCAUGGGGCAGGCCUCGGGCUUCCUCGCUUCGCUCAAGAGUCUCCCAACCUCGUACAACAAGGACCUCCAGGAAUCCGUCGAGCCCAUGGUCGACUGCAUCAAGACCGUCUCCAACUGCGUUCGCAUCACGCAGGGCGUGCUGGCCACGCUCAAGGUCAACGGCGACAAGAUGAAGGCGGCGCUGACCGACGACAUGCUGGCGACCGACGUCGCCGACUACCUGGUGCGCAAGGGCGUGCCCUUCCGCCAGACGCACCACAUCGCGGGCGCAAUCGUGCGCAGGGCCGAGGAGGCGGGCGUCUCCAUCUCGGCACUGCCGCUCAAGGACCUCAAGGAGAUCUCCCCGCUGUUUGAGGACGACGUGGCGCAGGUGUUUGACUUCGAGAGGAGCGUCGAGCAGAGGUCGACGUACGGGGGCACCAGCAGCAGCUCGGUGCUGGCGCAGAUUGAGGCGAUUGAGGCGUUUGUCAAGAACUAGAGGAGUGUUCGAUACCGGAGUUUACUGUUGACAGGAUUUUACGGGAAGGGGUUGGCCCCUGAGAUGUCAUCUGCUGUCAGUUGAGGACUGGGAUUACAGAAAAUAGACGUGGGACGGCCCAGGCCAGUGCAGCAUGGGUUGAUGCAUGCUACUGGAUGAUCUCAACGUGCUUGAUUCCGCCUUAGAUCGCCCCUCGCUCGAUUAGAUUAGGGGCCGGAUCCCAAACCAGAAGAGAUGGUUCACCGAGCACAAGAAGAUCAUGAUCACCCGUAUCCUGCGCACAUGUUCAACCGCCGGCCCGUCGCUGUGGGCUCGCUUUUGUCUGCCUUGGUAGUCCUAAGC